UCGAAUUCGACUCCAAUUGCACAGGGUGACGGUCAAUUGGCCAAGAAGGGGGCGAUUGGCCAAUGCUGUGGCUCCGAGAUAAUGGUGAUGGAGCAGCGUUCGAUGCGUUUGGAGCGUGAAUGUGACAGCUUGUUUUUCAUGUUGAGGAAUUUAUUGCAGUCAACGCACGUAGAUGAAAUCCUGAGACGGAAGCAUGAAGAGGAUUUGGAAAAUGAACGAAUUAUGCUGGCGAACCGUCAGAUUAGUGACUAUGAAGCGAGGCAGAUAGACGCGCUACGAGCUGUGGCUCAGAACGAGUCGAUGAAGGCUGCGAUGCGAUUUCAUAGAAAAGCGGAUCGUUUGAAGAUGACGUUUUCAACAGAGACAUAUCGACGGGGGGUGCGCAGCGCUCGAAACGAAGACGUUCGUCGAGUAUUGAAGUAA